AUAUAUGGUUGUGAAAAUAGUAACCACCAACAACAACAGCAGCAACAGUACCAAACUUAAUCCAUAAAAACCCACCACACAACAUUGAUUCGUAUAACACUCCAAAUUAAUUAAUUAAUUAAUUAAUCAUAAACCAUGCUAGGUUUCACUUCACAAAUUCCCAUUCUUUGGCUACUUCCAUUAUUUAUCCUAUCUACAACAAUAUUUCAAAGGUGCAAUAGUACCGACAAUACCGAACUUAGUAGUAAUUGUAAUGAGAAAGAUCUUUCUGCAUUGCUAAUCUUCAAACAUGGUCUUGAGAACCAUUCCUCCAACACACUCUCCUCUUGGUCCAAUGAAAAUGAUUGUUGUUCAUGGAAAGGAGUUCUAUGUGACAACAUCACAAAAAGAGUUACAAAACUUGAUCUACACCAACAAUACUUAGAAGGUGAAAUCAACUUACAAUCUUUGUUUCAAAUUGAAUUUUUGAGCUACUUGGAUUUAAGCUUGAAUGGCUUUACAUCUCUAAGUAGUAGUUUUAACCAAUCACAUGAUCAUAUUCAGUAUUUAGAUUUAUCCUUUAAUGAUGAUCUUCAUAUGGAUAAUCUUGAUUGGCUUUCCAAAAUUUCAUCAUUGAAAUCUCUUAAUCUUAGUCAAAUUAAUCUUCAAAAUCAAACAAAUUGGCUUCAGUCUAUAGAUAUGCAUGCAUCAUUGUUAGAGCUGAGAUUGUCAAGUUGUCAUUUGACUAAUAUCUUUCCAUCCACAAAGCAUGUGAGUUUUGCUAAUUCACUUGUAACUCUUGAUCUCUCAGCAAACACUUUUGAUUCUGAAUUACCUGUUUGGCUGUUCGAUCACGCUAGUGAUAUGAAUAUAUCCCAUAUUGACCUUAGUUUCAAUUUUUUACAAGGCCAAAUUCCCAAGAGUUUGUUAAGUCUUAGAAAACUUGAAACUUUAAAGCUGAGUAACAAUGAACUGAAUGGAUCCAUUCCUGAUUGGUUAGGCCAACAUGGAAAUUUAAAAUACCUUAAUCUAGCCGAGAAUUUGUUUCACGGUUCUAUUCCUUCGUCUCUUGGAAAUCUCUCUUCCUUGGUAGAGUUAAGUAUCGGCUCCAAUUUUAUGACCGGUAAUAUUCCAACCACCAUUGGAAAACUCUUCAAUUUGAAGAGUUUGUUCAUUGGAGGAAAUUCCUUGUCAGGUGUUCUAACCAAAAAACAUUUCUCCAAUCUCUCUAAUUUAGAAGCACUUGUAUUGAGUGCACCUGUUUCAUUUGAUAUUGAUUCUAAAUGGAUUCCUCCAUUUCAAUUGAAUGGGAUAAGUUUAAGCAAUACAAUUCUAGGUCCUAAGUUUCCAGCAUGGAUAUAUACACAAAAGUCACUAGAAUAUCUUGAGGUUCCAAACUCUAGACUUUCAUCCAUAGAUGGAGACAUAUUUUGGAGAUUUGUAGCUAAUAUUACACAGCUUAACCUGUCUCAUAACAACAUCAGUGCAGAUUUAUCAAAUGUUAUGCUAAACUCGGAUCUUAUAUUUAUGGAUCACAAUAUGUUCAGAGGAGGGCUGCCGCAUAUAUCCGCAAAUGUUAUCUAUUUGGAUUUGUCACACAACUCUUUCUUUGGAACCAUUUCCCAUCUGUUCUGCCACAAAUUAGGUAGGGAAAAUAGUUUGGAUUAUUUGGACAUUUCGUCCAAUCUUUUAACCGGAGAAAUUCCUGAUUGUUGGGAGUAUUGGAAAGGCUUAUCUUUCCUUUUCAUGGGGAAUAAUAUGCUGACUGGUGAAGUUCCUCCAUCCAUGGACUCGUUUAUCGAUCUCAUAAUACUGGAUUUGCAUAACAAUAGCUUGUCUGGUAAUUUUUCAUUGGACCUGUCAAACAUAACAAAUUUGGAAUUCAUUAAUAUUGGAGAAAACAAUUUCUCCGGACCUGUACCGGUGAAGAUGCCACAUGCUAUGGAAGUGAUGAUAUUAAGAUCCAACCAGUUUGAAGGUAAUAUUCCAUCACAACUGUGCAGUAUCUCUUCACUGAUACAAUUGGUUCUUUCCCACAAUAAACUUUCAGGGCCUAUUCCCAAAUGCAUUAGUAACUUCACUGGCAUGGGUGGAGCAAAGAAAACGAGUCAUUAUCCAUUUGAAUUCAAUCUGUAUAACAAAGGGCAGGACUUAGAGUAUUUAGACUAUGGAUUGUUGAGAACUCUUGACCUUUCAGAUAACAACUUAUCAGAUGAAAUCCCACGACAAGUUUUCAGUCUAGUUCAACUCAAGUCAUUGAACUUGUCUCGAAAUCAUUUCACAGGAAAGAUAGCAAGAGAGGUUGGAGACAUGAAUAACUUGGAAUCUCUUGAUCUAUCCAGCAACAAACUUGUCGGUGAAAUUCCUGAUACAAUUUCAGGUCUGUCCUUUUUAAGCUUCUUGAAUUUGUCAAGCAAUUACCUUGUUGGACAAAUCCCAGUUGGGACUCAGCUUCAGAGUUUUGAUGCUUCGUUCUAUGAUGGGAAUCCUGGACUUUGCGGAGCUCCUCUACCAAUCUGCAUUGAGUCAAACAAAUAUGGAGGAAACAAUGAUAUUGAUGAUGAUGAUGAUGAUUCUUUUACACAGUCACUCUACUUUGGUUUGGGUGUUGGAUUUGCAGUGGGUUUCUGGAGUCUUUGUGGUUCUCUAUUCCUCAACAAGCCUUGGAGGCACAAUUAUUUUCGGUUCCUUAACCGUGUUGCAGACCAAUUCCAUUAGUUUGUGGGAUCUUCCAAUUGAGGUCCAAGACAGAGUACAUCCAUUAAUUUGCUGGUUUGGUUAUAUAUGAAGAAAGUGAAAUGGCACUAAAAUUUGGUGGAGAACAAAAUCAAAAUAGAAGAAGCAGAUUGAAUGAGACCUUUCUCAAGUGGCUGUGGCAUUUAUUUACCUUAUGUAUUGAUUGAUAUAUUAUGUAAUCAAUAUGAUGAUGAUGAUGAUAUAUGUAUGUAUAUUAACACCAAGGCCUAAAAAUGUUCUGCUCCUAAAAAUGUGGUUUCAGUUACUGAACCGAACCAUAUAAAUGGUUCAGUUCAGUGCAGUUCAUGAAGCAUGAACACCCCUACUAGCCAGCCGCUACAAUUUUGUCUUUUUAUAAUAUUAUUUAAAUUAAUAAAUAAUUUAAAAAUAAUAUUUAAAUACAAAAAAAACAUUUUCUAUCCAUUGCAGAAAGAAACUAUUGUUC